GGGCUCGGCGGCUCGGCUUCCAGGGCCAGGGGGGAAGCAAGAUGGCGGCUGCGGGAGGGGGUCCUCGCUUUUCAGCUCCCCCCCUCACCCGCCUUUUCCUUCUCCGCUGCCACCCUGGCUCCAGGAAAGAGCUUUCGCGCCACCCCCGCCCCGCUCGGGAAGCCCCUCGCUUCCCUCCCCCAUCCCGUGCAGUCCCUGGUCCCCGUAGGCCCCGCUGCUCCCGCCCCCGUUCCGUCCGGCCCCGCUGCCGCCCCCAUUACCUCAGCAGCCGGCCCGUCCCCACCGUUCGGGGCUCCUGGGCGCGGGCGGGCCGGCCGCCUAGCAGGUCGGCGCGGCCCGGGGAGCGGAGCGCGGCCUCCUCCCGCGCUGACCUCCGUGGCCACCGCCGUGCCCCCUCCCGGCCCGCGCUGGGGCCCCGGCCCGGCCGCCGCCGCUCCCGGGGGAGGAGGGGGAAUGGAACCGCCGCCGCCGCCGCCGCCGCUGCCGCCACGGAGCCCGGCCGAGGGGAGGGAGGGAUCAGCCCCCAGGCAGGAUCCGCCCCUCCGGCCUCCCCCCCUCCCCCCGCCACCUCCACCCCUUCCCUCGCUCCCUCUCUGGCUCCGCGGGCUCUCCCGCUGAACAGGAGCGAGAGCGCGAAAGAGAGGGGAAACAAGAAAAAAAUCCCCCCGCCCGUACCCGGCGCGGCGGCGGCCGGGGCGGCGCGGAGAGGAGCGCGGAGCCGCUGCCGCCACAGGGCACCGUCCCCUGCUCGGCCUCACGGUGGCGGUGCGGACACGGCAGGGGCGCGGAGCAAAGGCGGGAUCUGCGCUCGCCGCGGCCCCGGCUCACGCCGACCUGCCUCGCCACGGGGAGAGUCCGACUAGAGAGCUGGGGGGCGUUAUGGUCCAGCUGGGAAAGACGGGGUCCAUAACUCCUUAGAGUGGUUAUUUAUCCCCUCCCCCAGCCCUGCGGGGGAGGUGGCUAAGGUUUGGAGCAACAACCCCCCUCCCUGAGCUAGAAGGUCCCUCCAAAGGCCAAGUCAAGAGCAGUCAUUGAAGACAAAACCGUUCUGUAGUUUCUUGGGGUGCAGGUGCCUGCAGUACUCCCAGAAAGUCGCCCCCUUCCCCCCGUGCUCCAGUCCGGAGGACAAAGGUCUAUCGAUGUCCAUACCCUUCCCCAGUGAGGACAGCCGGGGAAGACCUGCCUCUGUUGUGUAAAGGAAGCAACUGGAUGACAUUUUCCACCAAAUGAUGGAGAAAAAAAUCAAGAAAAAUAGAAGUCACAGGGUCCAUGAAAUGGGAUCCAAUACAAGAAAGAAGCAAAAGGCAUCCCCAGUUAUGAUGAAGGGAAAUCCCAGGAAGAGUUGUGUGGCAGGCUUAGGGUGCAACCAUUGGAGUUGGAGGACUCCAGAAACAAUUGGAAUGGAUAAUUUACCAUAUACAUUUGACCGUAUGAGAGGAGGUUUUCAGUACUGAUAGAGAGUUUAGAGAUGGAUUUAAUGAUAUGUAUAUAGAUAAUUAAAAAUUUUAAACAGGCUAUUAUUAAUUCCAGGAAAGACAACUCAUGUGAAAAAAAUAUAAUUUCUAUAUAUUUCACAAUAUAAUUUCUAUAAGCCUGUGACUCAUUUGCAAACAUUUAUAUAAUCAUAAUGAAAAACAGAAUAGAGAUUUAACUAAAAAUUAUGAUAAAACUGUUUUGAGAAUAUGAGGUGAGUGGUAGGAGAUAUAAGAAAGUUAAAUCCUCAUUGUCUAUAGUUGAAAGGUAAUAGAUAAUGUGUAAAGUUGAAAAAUCAAGAAGUAACAGUAAAUGCGAGUUAUUUAGAAAUGAAAGAUAAAUACUGGAAGAAACUACAAAAGAGUUUGAAAGCGUUGCUUAUGGAUUAGGAGAGCAGGAAUUGGGGUGAAGCAGAAAUCUCUGGUUUUAUUUUUAAGCCUCAGAAUUAUUUGAGUUUUUAUUUUUUUAAAUAUUUAUUUAUUUAUUUAUUUAUUUAUUUAUUUUUGGCUGUGUUGGGUCUUCGUUUCUGCAUGUGGGCUUUCUCUAGUAGCAGCAAGUGGGGGCUACUCUUCGUUGCGGUGCGCAGGCUUCUCAUUGCGGUGGCUUCUCUUGUUGCGGAGCACGGGCUCUAGGCGUGCGGGCUUCAGUAGUUGUGGCACAUGGGCUCAGUAGUUGUGGCAUGCGGGCUCAGUAUUUGUGGCUCGCGGGCUCUAGAGCACAGGCUCAGUAGUUGUGGCACAUGGGCUUAGUUGCUCUGCGGCAUGUGGGAUCUUCCCGGACCAGGGCUCAAACCCGUGUCCCCUGCAUUGGCAGGUGGAUUCUUAACAACUGCACCACCAGGGAAGCCCUGACUUUUAAAAACUGUGUAAUUUCGUAGACGUUGAUAUGAAAUAUACUUAAAAUUAAAUGAUAUAAUUUCAAAAGUAAGUGAAUGGAUUGAAAAGUGGCUGUAAUAAAUUAGCUGUCCAAUUCAGUAUGGCAGAAAGAGUGUGCAUCAUACGGAAGAGAGUUAACAUAGCAGGCCUGACUGCUGUCCUUUGAAAUGCCUGCUUACAUGGGUGGCAUCUGGGAACUUCCUGGAUUUCAGGAAGGUUCUCACCACCCUCACUGAUAAGAGUGGUUCACUGUGCUUAAACUAUUUGUGUAAACAAUAUGGUUUACGCUAGACAGCUGCUUUCCUUCUGGAGUACAUGCCACCAGGCAGAGGGUGCCUUUGUAACCAGCCCCCAGUAAAAACUCUGGACAGUCUCUAAUGAGCUUCCCUGGUAAACAACAUUUGACAUGUGUUGUUACAACUCAUUGUUGAGGGAAUUAAGUGCAUCCUGUGUGAGAGAGGACUCUUGGAAGCUUGGUCCUGGUUUCCUCCAGACUCCACCCCAUGUGCCUUCCUUUUCUCUUUGCUGAUUUUACUGAUUUUGCUCUGUAUCCUUUCUCUAUAAUAAAUUGUAGCCAUACAUACAGCUGCAUGCUGAAUCCUGAUUCUUCCUAUUGAAUCACUGAAUUUGGGGGUGGUUUUGAGGACCCCAGACACACAUUUUACUUCAAAUACCCAUUAAAAUAAUAGUGUAAUUACAGGAUGCAUGUUUGCAAGCAAUAAAACCCAAUUCUAGCUGUCUCAGGAAAAAACAGAAUUUAUUGGAAGGGUUGAAGUGGGGCUGACAGAAUUGAAAGACUGAAGGAGCAAGCUAGAAAUCAAAUAUAAUCUAGCUAGGACAUUGCCACCACUGCCUAUACUGUAAGUAGAAAUUUAAUAUUUCUUCUUUUACUUACUAGUAUUGGAAAUACAGUUUAUUGUUGCCUGUUCAUCUUAUAUUUAGCCACCUUGCUAAACUUAUUAUUUCGAAUAAUUUGGUUGGUUCUUAAGGGUUUUCUCUAUAGAUAAUUAUAUUAUUUGUAAAUAAUAGUUUUGAUCUUCCCUUUUCAAACAUUCCUUCCUCCCUUCCUUCCUUCCUUCUUUCCUUCCUUCCUUCCCCCCCCACCCCCCCUUUCUCUCCUCCUUACUGACCUUCAGCACAAUGUUAGAUAGAAGCAAUAGACAUCCCUGACUUGUUACUCAGUUAUAAGGAAAUGCUUCUGACAUUUCCCUACUAAGAAUGAUGUUUGCUUUCGGUGUUAUGUGAGAUACCCUUUAACAGAUUCAGAAAGAUCAUUUCUAUUCUCACUUUGCUAAAAGUUGUUUCAUCAUGAUGAGUGUUGAAUUUUAUCAAAUGCACUUUCUGCAUCUAUUAAGAUGAUAAUCGGUUUUCUCCUUUACUGUUAAUGUGAAGAAUUGGUUCUCUAAUAUUAAACCAUUCUUGUAUCUCUGAAAUUAGCCUGACUUUGUCAUGAUUUAUUACCUCUUUUAUAUAUCACUGCUUUGGUUUGCUAAUACUUUAAUAUAUUUGCAUCUAGGUUCACAAGUGAGAUUACUGUAAUUUGAUAGCUUUGGGAAUUAAGUUUUAUUAAUCUCAUAGUAUGAAUUGGAAAUAUUUCCUCUUUUUCAGUUUUAUGGAAGAGUUUGUAUAUGAUUGAAAUGAACUGUUUCUUGGAAGGUUGGAAUAUUUUUUCUAGGGUUUGUUCAUCUGAGUUUUGCAAAAUGUUUUCUUUUGAAUCUCUGCUACAUCUAUAGUUAUGUUCCCCUUUGCAUUACUAAUAUUUUUUUCUUCUUUUCUCUCCUCUUUACCCCCACCCCCAAUCAAUUUUAUUAAUUUUUUUACCCCAGAUAGCUAGCUUUUGGCUUUGUUGAUCAUCCUUAGUCUUUUUUUUUUUUUUUUUUUUUUGCGGUACGCGGGCCUCUCACUGCUGUGGCCUUUCCCGUUGCAGAGCACAGGCUCCGGACACACAGCCUCAGCGGCCAUGGCUCACGGGCCCAGCCACUCCGCGGCAUGUAGGAUUUUCCCAGACCGGGGCAUGAACCCAUGUCCCCUGCAUUGACAGGCGGACUCUCAACCACUGUGCCACCAGGGAAGCCCCCCAUUUUUUUGAUUGUUGCUCUAACUAUUUUAAUCUGCUUCCUUCCACUUUAUUCUGUUACUUUUCUAAAAGUUUGGGUGCCUAGUUUUUUAAAUUUUCAGACUUUCUUCAUUUCUAAUAUAAGCAUUCAAGACUAUAAGUUUACCUCGAAUUACCACUGUUGUUUGUUUGUAUGUUUCUCAAGUCUUGAUACAUAGUAUUUUCAUUAUUGCUCAAUUAUAAAUAUCUUUACACUUCUCUUAUGAUUUUAUCUCAGAUCCAAGUGUUGUUUUGAAGUGUGUGUAUGUUAAAUUUUUAAUUUUGAGAUAAUUUUAGUUUCACAAGCAGUUAUAAGAAAUAAUACAGAAGGAUUCCAUGUACACUUUAUCCAGUUUCCUCCAACAGUAAUAUCUUGCAAAACUAUAGAAAAUAUCACAUCCAGAAUAUUGACACUGAUGAGAAUUCAGCUGUUAAUCUUACUGAGGAUCCCUUAUAUGUGAUGAAUCAUAUCUGUCUUGCUGCUUUCAAGAUUCUCUUUGUCCUUGGCUUUUGACAGUUUGAUUCUGAUAUGUCUAGAUAUGGAUCUGUUUAUCUUAGAGUGUGUUGAGCUUCUUGAAUGUGUAGAUUCAUGAUUUUCACCCAAUUUGGGACAUUUUGGGCCAAAUUUUUUUUUUGUUCCCUUCUCUCCUCUCCUUCUGGGACCUCCUUAUGCACAUGUUGGUACACUUCAUGGUGUUUCACAGGUAUCUGAAGCUCUGGCUGUGUUCAUUUUUCUUUAUUCUUUUUUUUCUCUCUUUUCCUCAGACUGGAGAAUCUCAACUGACCUGUCUUCAAGUUUUCUGAUUCUUCUUUCUGCCAGCUGGAAUCUACAGCCAUGCUCCUCUAGUAAAAAAUUUCAUUUCAGUUAUUGUACUGAAGUUCUUUCUUUUUUUUUUUGGCCUCGUUGCGCGGCAUGCGGGAUCCCAGUUCCCCGACCAGGGAUCGAACCGAGGCCACAGCAGUGAGGGCGCCAAUUCCUAACUAUUGGAUUGCCAGGGAAUUCCCCUGAAGUUCUCUUUUUAUAUUGGUAUUUAUAUUGAUUCUUUUUUUAUAAUUCUUUCUCUUUACUGAUAGUCUCUAUUUGGUGAGACAUUCUCAUACUUUCCUUUAGUUCUUUAGAUAUGAUUUCCUUUAGUUCUUUAAACGUAUUUAUAAUAGAUGAUUUAAAUUCUUUGUCUGGUGAAGUCUGUCCAUCUGAGCUUUCUGAGAGACAGUUUCUAUUCAUUGCUUCUUCCCCCCCACCUUGUGUAUGUCCUGUUUUCCCCUUUCUUUGUAUGUCUCAUAUGUUUUUUGAAAACUAGACAUUUUAAAUAAUACAAUGUGGCAACUCUGCAUAUCACAUUCCCCUCUCUUCCCAGGGUUUAUUGGGGUUGCUGUUUGUUGUUGCUGCUGCUGCUUCUGU